AGAUGUCGGGCAGGUGGCGCGCUGCAGGGUGGCGGUCGCGAGGAGCCGCUAGGGACCUCAGUAGCGUGCGGCAGACAGCGGCGACGGCGCGCGGGCCGGCCCUUCCCUCUCCCCUCAGAGCGUACUCCGAGUGUCCUUAGCUGGAAGACUCGGACGGCGCCUGGAGCCUCAGCAGCGCCGAGCCGCGCCGUCUGUCUGUCUGUCUGUGUCAGUGUCCGCUGUAGCUAUGUGCGAGGUCCAGCCGGCUGUGCGCAGCUCCACCAUGACCAGGCCGACCGAGGUGGUCGCGUCGCCGCAGCCGCAGCAGCCGCUGCCCGCCGGCUUCAUGACGCUCACCGACCAGCAGUUCCGCACCACCGUCUUCCAGGAGCCCAUCGAGCUCUACUACGAAAUCUGCCCCGUGCCCAUCUGCACCGGCCAGUGGGCCAGCGUGUACAAGUGUCUGGAGCUCAGCUCGGGCCACCAUUUCGCCGCCAAGUUCUGCAGCAAGACGCGACUGGGCGUCGACUCGCGGCGCGAGAUCCUGCACGAGGUGGCCGCCAUGUACCAGGCGCGCGGCUGUGGCCGCGUGGUGCGGCUGCACCAGGUCUUCGAGACGCCGCACCAGUUCAUCCUCGUCAUGGAACUAGGCGGCGGCGGCGACCUGCAGGGAGUGCUGGACAACGACCAGGUGCCCUACGAGCCGGACGUGGUGCGCUUCAUCUCCAACCUGCUGGAGGGCCUGGCCUUCCUCCACGACAGAAACAUCGCUCACCUCGACAUCAAGCCUCAGAACCUGGUGAUGACGGGAGCGUUUCCCGACUGCGACAUCAAGCUGUGUGACCUGGAGAUAUCCCGGGUCAUAUCGGCCGGUCAAGAGAUCAGGGAGAUGCUCGGCACACCAGACUACGUCUCGCCUGAAAUCCUGCGCUUCGAGCCUGUGAAGCUGUCAGCUGAUAUCUGGUCGGUGGGCGUGCUGGCCUACGUGCUGCUGACGGGCUUCACGCCGUUCGGAGGAGACACCGACGCCGAGACGUUCCGCAACAUCGCCAGAGCCGAGCUCGAGUUCCCCGACGAGCUGUUCGAGGACGUGUCGGCUGCCGCCAAGGACUUCAUCCGCAGAUGCCUCCUUAAGGACCCCAGCGGCCGGCCGUCCCCGCACCAGCUGCUGGAGCACGACUGGCUGCGCCGUCCCAGCGUGCCCUCCGCUCCGCUGCUGGUCGUUAGCCCCAGCGAGACUCUGAGCACCUGCCCCGAGCCCGGCCGGCCGGCCAGCGACCUCAGCACGCUGAGGAGAUCCAUCUCCAAGAGCCGCGAGGCGCUCUCCGUCAGGGUCAGCAGGAGCCACCUCAAGAAGAACAUCUCCAAGUCGCGGGAGCGUCUGUGUGACAUGAAGCUCAGCAGCGUGCCGAUGCGUCCCGACCAGUUCCCAGCGUGUCUGAGGUCAAGCGUGUCGGAGGUGCCCGACAACCGACCUCCGUGGAAGGGAGCCGGCGUUCAGAAGGUUUCUCCGGGGUCCGCCAAGGCCGAGCGGGUCAACACGUUCAAGCUCCGUGACGAGUACCAGAACCAGGUGGCGGCUGGUCUGGCGGCCGCCAAUCAGUCCCAGGAGCGCAGUGGCACCACAUCCCCAUCGCCGUUUGUGCGUCAAGGCAGCCUAAGAGGCAGGAGGAAGACCUCGACACCGGACGGUAGCAGCACCGACCUCAGGGCGUCCCUGAGGCGGAGCCGCAACGCCGACAGCGCCGUGACCAGGAGAAGCAGCUGCCAGGAGGAGAGCAAGACACUGCCCGAGGCAGGGAAGAAGAAGGAGGGGCCGAGGCGUACGCAGAGUGUUUCUGACGCUAUCAUGCAUGCCAGGAGAAAUCGUAACUCUAGAAAGGAUCUUCUGCUCCCGGUGAAGGAGCACCGGUCCGGUAGCGAGUCUGUAGAUGUCCUAGCCGACGGUCAGGAAAUGGUCAGGAUACGUCCCGGCACAUUUGUGAUCGACAUGGGAGAACCAGCGAAACCCCGCAAUAAGACGUCAAUUGUCAACGAAGAAGAAAAGAAAGUGCCAUCGAGGAGAGAAGUCUUCCGGAAAAACGCAUCGGUGGAUGCCCCUGAAAACGUAUCCAAGCAUUCGUUUCGUAGCGCGCCGUCAGUAGAGAUCGAGGAAACAGAUGACAAGACGAGCGAGACCCAGCCCAGUCAGAGGCAGCCGAGUCCUGAUGCCAGGAAGCUGAGCGCCCGCAGACCAGGCUCGCUACCGUCGUCACCUCGUCUGACGCCCCGCUCGGCUGUGGACAGACAGACCAGUCCGCUGAGACAGGGCAGUCCGCAGCGGCCGGUCAGUCCGCGCCGACCGAGGGACUCGGCUGAGACGACCUCCGAGAGGUCCUCCUUCCAGCGGUCCGGUCUGAGGAGCUCGCUCCGGCAGACGAGGACAGCAUCACGGCCCAGCUCCGGCGAGGAAAGCCGCCGACAAACGACACCGGUCACCGAGGAGCCCUCACAAGGCCUCCGCAAGUCCUCCACCGAAGAGGACAUGCAGAGGCUGUCCUCCCAGGACGAGCGCCGUCUCCAGAAGUCCUCCACGGACGAGGACGUGCGUCAGCUGGGCUCCUCCAGCGGAGGACGGAGAUCGCGCAGGUCGCCGGUGGUUUCCCGUAACGUGUCUUCGCCGCUGCUGCUCUCCCGCUCGCCGACCAGCGACCUGGGCAGCAGCGAACUCUCUGGGGACGACUGGGAGCACGGCUCGCCGACGAGAGCAGCACGUGACCGGUCCGGCCGCCCCGAGACCAACAGCGUGGCGCGGGCCAUCAGCCGCUUCCAGGCUCUGGAGCAGGGGGCGCGUCAGGGCACCGUAUCACCGACCGCCGGUCGCUCGCCGGCCAUCUCGCGCAAGUUCUCCUCACCCGUGCUGAGGUCGCCCGACCUGGGCCGCAAGACGUCGUCGCCGGCACUGCGCUCGCCGUGUGUGACGCGGAAGGCGUCGUCGCCUGCCCUGCGGUCUCCCUGCAUCACCCGCAAAGCCUCGUCGCCAGUGCUGGGCGCCGCUAGUCAGAGGGAGCGCGGGUUCCCGAGUCGCGUCCCUGGGCUACGGGCUGCCUAGCUGUGGGCUGAGAGGAGUGGCGGGCGAGCAGUGAGCCCACCGUUAUAGGCUGGGCUGCUGAAUGCCGGUACCGUUUUAAAGUCGUAUAUUUUGUCGUUGUUUGUGUCUAAUCAAUGAUGUGCUGGGUAUCCGUGAUAUGUUGCUUGACCGUGUAUUUUGUAGAUAUAUGCCGCCGAGCGCUUCGAGCAUAUGUGCUAUUUUUUAGUUUACCUCAUGCCCUUCUAUGCUGUUCUAUAGCAUUAUCUAUAUCGUCGUGUAGUUUGUAUAGCUCUGUAAUGAAGUAUGGAAAUAUAUUCUGAUAUAA